AUGCCUCCGCCACGCAACGACGAGAGACAACCUCUGCUUGGGCGUGAAGAACACCGCGAUGAGAAUCACGGGAAUCAACGCCGUUCCCAGAAAGUCGAAUUCGACGACAAGGAUUCUGCAAACCCGAGAGAAUGGCCACUUUCGAAGAAAUACACCGUGGUUGCUUUAAUCACUCUUACGGCCUUCUUCCUACCUAUGGCUUCUAGUAUCUUUGCACCAGCAUCAAAUCCGAUUGCAGAAGAGUUCGGCGUGUCAAGACAAAUCGCUCUGCUCAAUCAGACGGGCUUCGUGUGCAUGCUUGGAGUCGGACCUCUAUUCUUGGCUCCCAUGUCGGAGACGUUCGGUCGCAGGAUGAUCUAUCUCAUCUGCCUCGCGGCUUUUACUGUGCUGCAAAUACCAUGUGCGUUGGCGCCGAACGUGGCGACGUUCGUCGUGUUCAGAACGCUGUCCGGACUCUUCGGAUCUGUGGGCGUGGGCAAUGGCGGAGGCUCGAUCGCUGAUAUGUUCGAGGCGCACGAGAGGGCGAAGGUGUUGGGUGUUUAUAUGAUUGCUCCCCUUUUGGCACCAUCGCUUGGCCCGGCAUUGGGAGGCGUCAUGGUCGACAGGAUGAGCUGGCGUUCCCUGGCUUGGCUGAUGUUCAUUCUUGCUGCAUUGACGACGAUCAUAUCGUAUUUCUUCAUGUACGAGACUCGGGCCAUUACGAUCUUGCAGGAGCGAAAGGCGGAGCUGGAGAAGAAGGAUCCCAAAAUCGAAUACUGCGUCGAAGGCGUCAACAAUGAGUCUAUCCCAGCAAAGAUUGCAGGCAACGGCACUCGUGCUGUCAAGAUUCUAGGAACACAACCCAUUGUGUUGAUCAUGUCCAUUUACCAGGCGUUGAUUUUCAGCACCAUGUAUUCGCUAUACGCUUCCUACAACACCAUCUGGACACAACCACCUUACGAAUUCAGCAAGAGCCAAGUCGGCCUUGCGUACCUUGCGCCUGCAUUUGGUUUCGCAAUCACAGCUUUUACGAUUGUCAUACCAUUCAUUGACAAGAUCUACGACCGGCUGUCUGAGAAACACGACGAUCAAGGCCAGCCGGAAUAUCGUCUUCCUCUAGCUAACAUAGGAGCGGUCUUCUUGCCCAUCGCACUAUUUGGCUUCGGCUGGACAGUGGAGAAAGGCUACCAUUGGGCCGUGCCUUUGGUCUUCAUGGUAUUCUUCGGCGCGAGCCAGGCCAGCAUCUUCAACAGUGUCCAGACAUAUUACACCGAAGCCUACGAGAGCAACGCCGCUUCCGCUCUUGCGGCAGGUUCCUUUCUCCGAAGCAUGGUCGGAGGUAUUGUGCCUCUGUUCGUGAGCAAGCUGUUUGAGGAACUCGGAUAUGGAUGGGGUAUGAGCGUAUUCGGCUUCAUCGCCACGGCUUUGAUGCCGGCGCCUCUGGUAUUCUACUGGAUCGGUCGGAGGUUGCGAGAGCAAUAUCCGUUCAAGGGCUGAUGACUCGAGUACGGCACCAGACUCUUGAAUGGCCAACAUGGCAGUUGCAUGAGACGAGGUGAUGCAUCGGGAAUUGGGCUCAAAAAGGAUCGCGACCCCAGAGACAGUCCUUAUCAGCACGAAGAAGUCCUCGUGGAGACCAUGAAUGAUGCUCGACGCCCCAUGCGGCGACGUUCGGGUCACUCAGCAGCAUUGCCUGUUGUACUGCUGUGCCGCUUUAUGAGGCCGCUCCCCUUCAAGUGUCCUGGUCGUCGUCGUCAAAAUGAUGACACUUCUGGUCCGUGUAUGAAGGCUGCUCUGAGCAUGAACGCAAGAGAGGAGGGUCACUGGAGGCAUUCCCAUGGCAUGACUCAAGGAGGCUGGAGUUGACCAAGGCAUGUGUGCACCACAGCCGUAGCAGGAGCUCGUAUGGGAAGAGGCCAAGAUGGUCGCGAAUCAGAUGGCUGGCGGUAGUUCCGCUGCAUGUGAGAAUCACCGGUGCCUCAGCAUCGUUCUAAGAGAGGAGUGGUGCAUCACGUCGCGGACUGCUUUCCAUUAAUGGUGUUUGCGUUUGAACAACCGCGUCGGAGACGGCAGCUCUGCCGCUGUGGGACGAG